AUGUUAAGAAGGCGCUUUAAUUUUUUUCUGGUGCUUGUGCUAGUGGCUGUUGUGCUGUUUAUGAAAAGUCCUAGCGAAUGGCUGUCGUCCGGUCGGUCUUCCAAGAGGCGAUGGCAGCGAAAUCCUCAGGUUGUUCCACGGAAAUCAGAUCUUCUGCAUGUUGACAUUUCACAGGAGCUGAACCAAAGAGAUUGGGACCUCUCACCAGUUAAUCUACGUACUAUAAAGCAGAAAUAUGAGGAUGAGGAAAUCGUGGGAUUUGUUUCUAAUCUGGAUGUGAAAAAAGUUCUUGAGAAAAAAGCUAGAACUGCAAAAAACCAUGAUUAUGAUGGCGUCCUUAAGGGCACGCUUUCCGCUAAGGAAUAUCAAGAUUUAAUCACAUGCCCCGACCUUGCCUAUCGUUCCAAAAUCCAGCAUUCGGCUAACAAGAAGCUUCUAAAAGAUGAUCUAGCCGCACUCAGGUAUGAGCUUAUUACGAACCCGAGUUUCCUUUCAAAGGAAGUGACUGGAGAGGAUGAGCAGGAAAUGAGUGUGCCCGACAUCAUCCACAAAAAGUGGUUCCAGUUUGGUAGUUCGGCUGUUUGGCUUGAAAGCGAGCAGUGCUACGUGGUGUACUCCAGAGUAAUAUAUUCUUCGGUCCAUGUUAGAAACAGGCCGCACGUCUCUUUAGUUAGGGCACAGGCCUUCGAUAAAGAUUGGAAUGAGCUAAAGGACAAAUGGAUCCCUUAUGUAGAUGUGCCGCUCGGAAAGGAUAUGGACAGAGUUAUAAAGGAGAUAGAUGAUGCAUUGGGGAUAACUGACUGCAGCGCGCUUAAGUCGAACCAUGCAGCAUAUGACGCCUGUAUGGUUGAAAAUACAAAAAACAGUCUUGAAGCAAAAAGGAGAAGAGAAAGUAUACUUUCCAGAUAUUAUAUGAAAUAUCCAACCAUUCUAAACAUUCCAUUUAAAACUGACGGUGAUUGGAAAGGUCCAGAAGAUCCUAAGGUUGUUUUGAGAAAAACCGAUCAAUCAGAAGAACCUGUUGUCUUGUAUAACAUACAUGACGAUGACCUUGAUAGAAGAAUAAUGGUGGCUUAUAUGCCACAUAGAAAGAUUGAACCAAUGGUGAAACUGAGCGUGAACGGGCGUGAACAAAGAGGAAUGGAAAAGAACUGGACUCCUUUUUUCCACCACGAGACUGGUGAAUCAGUCAUGUCUCGUGGCUUCAUCCAUUUCAUUUACAGCUUUAGUCCACUUGAAAUAUUGAAAUGCUCUCUAAACGACGGUAUCUGUAGCUUAGUUUUUGAUGCAGACACCUUAAAAGUGAGCGAUGCCAAUAAAUUUGAUGGCAUAAGAGGCGGGACACAGUACAUUCCUUUGCCGGCAAUCCUACCUAGAGUCAGUGAGGAUCAAAUUUGGAUCGGAUUUCCCAAGCAACAUAUCGAAAACUGCGGAUGUGGAGAUUUCUAUUAUAGACCAAUGUUGGGUGUCUUGGUCGAGCGGCAUGGAGUGUACAGUCAAGAACUAAUGGUUCCUGCGUUGGGUUUUAAUAUGGAUGUGCUUUCCUGGGACUUGCAAACGACUGAAUGCAAGGAUACUAAUAUUCUAAGCCCUAAUUCCAUUGGUUACUGGGAGGUGGUGAGACAAGAUCCUCAAACUAAAAAGUACGAGGACUAUCUAACUUUGACUGUCUCAGAGGCAGAUUCUAACACCAAAGUUAUCACUUUGAAGGGCGUAUUGAAUUUCGUUCUUGGCGUCUAUCAGGAGAAAGACAUUAAAGAGAAAUUUGAAAUAGAUGAUCAAUCGGAUAGCAUUGUUGGACAUACUUUACAUUGUCUGGUCCACUCGGCAUUCGAUCAAUGCAAAUCUUAUGGUGAAGCCCAUCCUGGACCCGCUGAAGGAGAAUAA